AGAAGAAGAAUUGCGCUUUUACGGAAUGACGUCAUAGGUCAGAGCGACGGACGCACAGUAAACGAAACAUGGCGGCGCAAACGAAGAAAGUGUUUGAGAUUUUCGUGACUAAAGUACCAUGGACCAUAUCCUUCAAGGAGAUGAGGGAGUACUUUGGACAGUUUGGUCAAGUUAAGAGGUGUAUGAUACCAUUGGACAGGGCAACAGGCUUCCAUAAAGGUUAUGGCUGGGUUGGAUUCUCAUCAGAAGAAGGAUUAAACAAUGCACUGCAGAAAGACCCCCACACUCUGGACGGAGCCAAGCUCCAGGUCCAGAGGAACAGACGUCCGUUCACAGAUCAGAAGACAAACAAAGACAGUGAAUUUGACUGACUUUAAAACAACAAAUUAAAGAUACUCUGUUGAAAUUCUCAGACACAGAGUCUCUCAGUCUGCACCAACUGCUUGAUAUGUGACAUGUUUCUAAAUCUGUUUGGGCCCAUAGGAAACUUUAGACCAAAACACAACCACUAGUGUUUAAUUUUCCAUUCUGUAUUCUCUGUUGGGCCCCUCCCUGAGAGUUUUCCUGCACAUUUAGGGAGUUUGGGUCUGAGCGUUUUUGUUUCUGUACUGAUGGACACUAUACAAAUAUAGAUUGAUUGAUUGAU